UCCCGGCCACUGCAGCCUGCAGUCAAAGAGUGCAGCGCCUUCUCAGCAGGUUUCUCUACCUUACUGUCCAGGGCUGCAUCUGCCGGAGCCACCGCGCUGGUCAUUUUCUAAAGGGCUCUUGUAAUCCCAGCUGGAGCUUGGUAGGGGGUGGGUCACGUGCCCAGGAGAAGGGCUGGAGGUGGAAUCUCUCGGGAGACUUCUGCUCCUUCCUCAGAGUCCCAGCAGCCGGCAUUGACAGCAAUCGUCACAGCAAUGGGGUGUUCCAGCAGCACCCAAACGCAGUCCCAGGAGAGCAGCAGGCCAGUGACCAAGACCGGUGUUACCAACGGACUGAAGCAAAGCGAUGGAAACUCUUCAAUCCCACAUGAAAAUGAAAUUUGCCUCGACAAGACAAAACAGUGUGCAGUGGAAGCAAAAGUUGAUGUUAGUGACAAAACAGGACCAAUCAACCACCUUCUAGCUGGGGAGCCCAGAGUUGUGAAGCCAUUAGCAACUGAUGGUGCUAGUUCCACCUGUGAAGAGGAACAUCCUGAGAAGGCAGAGUCUCCAGGCUCUGAGGAAAAAGCUCAAGCAGAGUAUCUGAAAUCAACAGAUAAAGCUAAGAAUCCAGGAGCAUCCGAGGAGUCUGUGCCACCCAUAUCUGCUGGAAAAAACGAACUUCCAGGAACAGAUGAAAAGGAUAACAGGGAAAUUGAGAAAGGCGCUCAGCCUGUAGGAAAUUUUGUCGAGACUGAAAUAUUUGGAACUAUAAAGGAGAUUAAACCACUGAUAACAGCUAGUGAAGUAGAACCUAUGGAAACAGGAGAACAUAAUGAGCAUCUAGGAGUGGCUGAAGAAGUUGAGCCCCAAAGAACAACGAAGGAGAAUAAGCACCUGAUAACAUCUGAAGAGGCUGAACCUCAAGAAACAGUGGAAGAUACUCAGCAUGUAGAUACUGAUAGAAAGACAGGAGUGUCAGAGGAGAACGAUUAUGUGGGAACAGCUGGUGAGACUGAAACUUCAGGAACACUGGAAGAGACUGAACAGGAGGGAAUAGCUGGAAAGACCAAAACUGCAGGAACAUGUGAAGAAACUGAGCAUGAGGAAACAGCUGGAGAAACUGAACCUUCAGGAACACAUGAAGAGGCUGAGCAUGAGGAAACAGCUGGAGAGACCAAACCUUCGGGAGUGAUGGAAGAGGCUGAGCAUGAGGGAACAGCUGGAGAGACCAAACCUUCAGGAACAAUGGAAAAGGUGACUCUGGUAACAGGUGAAAAGAACAACUUUCAGGGAACAGUUGAAGACAAUGAAUUUCCAGAAAUACUUGGGGAGGUUCAGCCUCUUGGAGCUCCUGGAAAGAACAACUACUCCAGAACAGCUAGAGGCACUGAACCUCCUGAAAGAGUGGAGAAGACUCAGUUGGUAGAAACAGUUGGAGGCACUAAACCUCCCAUAAUAGCUGAAGGGACACAGGAAGACAUGAAGCCAUGGAUGGAAGUAGCCAGGGAAAUUAACAUGAAUGAAGAGAACCAAGCAAUUGAAGGUGAGACGGGAGAAAGGGUGGAAACUGAGACGCACAGUGAGAUAGUGAGUGAGGGCUCUGAAACAAAGGAAGAAGAAACGGGAGAAGCUGUGGAUACUGCUGCAGCCACAGAGAUGGGAAUUUCCCAAUACUGUCCCUUCCCAUCCCGCCAAUGACAAAGAAAAGCAAAAAGAUGGAAAAAGAAAAACUAGCCUGACAACAUUCUGUGCUUACAGUCUUCCACCUUUCUACCAAGAAGGAGAAAGUGCCUUUAAUUAUUUGUUCUCCAGGUCCAAGAUUAGUCUCUGCAGUUAAUCUGAAUACCUGCAGGCUUUUGGUGUUUUUUUCAUUUACAUUACUUUAGUCAUUGGGCAUGUUGUUCUCAUAGUUCUGUUUAUUUCACAAUUAGUCAGUUCAUACCAGUAUUUCUAAGUUUCUCUCAUUUCCUCAUAUUUGUCAUUUCUU